AACUAUUUUUAAACUGAAGAAACAUGGCGGCUAGCAGACAUAUCGGGCUAUUUAAAAUGUUAAAAAAACUCUUAUUACAUUGAUAAUAAUAAUGUAAAUGCAAAAUUCGCGCAACUUUAAGUGCUCAGAAUCGAAAAAAACGUGUUGUGUGUAAAUUCUAGUGAAAUCCUGCGAGUUUGGUGACCCGCUGUUGGUAAUUUCAAAUCUACGGGGUGUUUCGAUGAAUUAAGGCGGCAAAAUGGUUGUCGGAGACCCGAGUAUAAAUAAUAUAAUGAGCGGCAUUGAGAAUGCCGGCGGAGUUAAACAACACAAUCACAAAAAGAAAUUGAAACAGAGGUUCGAUAUAAUAAAGAAACUGGGUCAAGGCACGUUCGGUAAAGUGCAYUUAGGAAUAAAUAAAGAGACUGGUCAAGAAGUAGCAAUAAAAACAAUCAAAAAAUCCAAAAUCGAAUCUGAGGCCGAUUUAGUCCGAAUAAGGCGCGAAAUCCAAAUUAUGUCUUCGGUGCAACAUCCUAACAUUAUCCACAUUUAUGAAGUGUUUGAAAAUAGGGAAAAAAUGGUGCUAGUGAUGGAAUAUGCAGCAGGGGGCGAGCUUUACGAUUAUUUAUCGGAACGCAAAAUUUUAGACGAGACCGAAGCCCGUAGGAUAUUUAGACAAAUCGCCACUGCUUGUUACUAUUGCCAUAAACAUAAAAUUUGCCAUAGGGAUUUGAAACUGGAAAAUAUUCUUUUGGAUGAAAACAAUAACGCUAAGAUUGCCGAUUUCGGACUGUCAAAUGUUUUUGACGAUCAAAGACUGUUGAGCACUUUCUGUGGUUCUCCUCUAUACGCUUCUCCCGAAAUUGUUAAAGGGACACCCUACCAAGGACCAGAAGUCGACUGUUGGUCUUUAGGUGUACUUUUAUAUACUCUAGUCUACGGUGCCAUGCCUUUUGAUGGAAGCAAUUUUAAACGUUUAGUUAGGCAAAUUUCACAAGGAGAUUACUUCGAACCAGCCAAACCCAGCCCUGCUUCACCUCUCAUUAGAGAAAUGUUAACCGUGAAUCCUAAAAAUAGAGCAAAUAUAGAAAAAAUAUGUACCCACUGGUGGGUAAAUGAGAAUUACGAUGUUAGCUGUUUAGAGAUCUCAGAAGAAUUAGCCAAUCAAACUCCUGUAAGAUUAGAUUUGUUAUUAUCAUUGGCUCCUCCGCCUCCACAACUUGAAAGUGACAAACUUGUAGUUACUGGAGAUGUUGCUGAAGAGAUGAAGACUGAAGUUGCACCACCUACACGAUCCCAAUCUGUAGGCAGUUUAAUGGAAUUAACUCAUCCUGCUGAACGAAGAAUCAAAGAACUUUUAACUGAAGAAAAAGCUUCACCUAAACGUAAACUCGAAAAUACUGUUAGUACAGAUCGUGUCAAAGAUGGCCUUAAGAGAAAAGAUAAGAUAAUCAAAGAAAAUACUGUUGCUGAUAUUACUCUCCAUGGUGCAAUUAAAGAAAACGCUUCUUUAGAAGAUGCAAGUAUGUCUGAGACAAUUCCAUUGGAUAAAAGUCUUACACAAACAAUAUCACGUGAUAUGGAUGUUGAAACAAAUGAAGAAUCAAUUGAUCCGUCAUUACAAGGGGCCGCUUGUACUGAAAUAAUCGAAGAGGCAAAGAAAACAGAAAAGAAACCUAAGAUAAAGAAAACCUUAUCAACUAGUGUCAGCAGUAAAGCAUUGGAGGGCAUAAAUGAAAUUCCUAGUCAAGAAAAUGUUAACAAUGUAGAUAAAGAGAAUAAAGAGGUUGUUGCUCAACCUGAAAAAACCGAAAAACCAGAAUCCAAAAUCGCGAAAAAGAAGACAGUUAAGAAGAAGGUUUUGACAGAUAAAAAUGAAACGGUUAAACCCAAAGAACCAUCGCCACCCUCUCAACCACCUGCCGAAGAAAAACCAAAAGAAACAGAAGAAAAACCCACCAAACCGAUAGAACGGAGAAAAUCCCGUAUUUUCGAAGCGGCCGAAAAGUUCCAAAACAUGAUAUCAUCCCCCACCGAAUCCAAAUCCGCCCCUGUGGAAAAACCAAAGAAAAUUGUAAUUCCCGGGGUCAGCGUUGAUGGUUUUAAAAAGGAGUUUGAACGUAAAGCAAGUCUCACAUCAACAUCCCCACCAAAAUUAAAAGGGACUCCAUCUAAGAAAAUUCUAAUCGAUCAACAAAAACCCUCUGAACCCGAAACCGGCUCACCACCUAAAGAAGAACCCAAGGAGGAGUCAAAACGUGAUUCUGAAGUCACCGAAACACCAAAGCCUGUGAUUGACGAUGAGCGCAAAGAGCGCGUGCGGAACGCUGUUAGUAUUAUCUCAAGUGCCUUAGAUAAAGAAGGAGCGCGGAAAUCAAAAUCUCGGCCGUGUUGUGUCCGGAAACCUCCGGUGCCGUUUGGGGUUGGCGGUCGGUCAGCUUCGGGCAAUAUCGGGUUGCUUGCCUCCCCCUUAUCGCCACCGUUGGGGCCCAAGCCGUUUGUGAGACCACAGUUUGAUAGCAAAUCCGAYGUGAAGAAAGUGGAGGAGAAGCCUGAAGUUGAGGAAGAAAAUAAAACCUCCUCGGCGGAGAUUACACUCAAGUCGGCGACGCUGCCYAGAAGGAAGACCACGAAAGCGGAGAUUCAGCUCAAUUAUCCCAUGCCUAAGCCAGCUACGAUGGAGUUUAAGACUGAAAUGGCUCAUAAUGUGACAGCACCACCCAAGUUGGCGACGCAGAGGAGUGAGGUGGUCGUGCCGGUCGCUGCGCCAUCUGUAGCCAACUUCAGGUCAUCAUCGCUGGAACCCGAAUCCAAGGGCUCCCCCAAAGAACGAAUCAUCCCGAUUUCCUUCGAACAACAAGACGUCAAGGAGGCUGUUCAAUCGCCUCCAACUAAACCACCAAUGCCGCGACCUUUCCAAACCCAAAAAUCGACUACAUCGCAAAGAUCCAACAGCUUGUCAAGACAGUCUACUCAAGACUCCGACACUGAAACAACCUCUGGUGAACCGAUCAAGAAAUCUCCAAGGGAAUACAUCAUCCCGAUUGCGGUCGAAGGUGGUGGUUAUGUGACUCCACGCGCUGGUAGCGUCGAGCCGAAUGACACAGCGAGUACAACAAGCACCAUGACAAAUAAAUCCAGGAACAAGUUUGGCAAAACAAGGAGAUUAAAUUCAUUGUUUAGUGAUCGGGAUUCAGAAGACGAGACCUCAUUCCCCAACUUGUAUCGUCACAGUUCGUUCGGGAAAGACAGUGAUAAUGAAGAUUCACGAAAAGAUGCGUUCCAUUUGCACAGAUUGAGGAGUACAAGACCGAAGAGGACCAUUUUGGAACACAACGAUUCGCUUAGUUCUGGGGAGGAGGACGAUGAUGACGGGUUUGAAAUUUUGACAGCUGAACAUUUAUUCUCCAAUCUAUUAUCGAGGGUGCGCGAUUUGACCCAAAAAUUGAACGUCGAAGAUGGUGGCAGGCCCGGAUUUCCCAGUAGUCGGUUAUUGAGCCAUUUUGAUCAUGGUACCAACUUCUGGAAUUUUCACAACCGAUUAGACCCCUUAUCAAGGCAUUCAACGUUGGGUAGGAGCCUAAGCCGCGAACGCAGCAACGAAACCUCAUCCACGCCAUGGCGACGUAGCGUCAGCCGUGAUUUAGCUUCAGAUAUCGAAAGUGUCUUCAAAGACCCCAAUUCGACUACGACACGCCCCCGAGAUAAAAAAGRCAAGAAAGAAAACCUUAAUUUAGCAGAUUUAGAUCUUAAAAAAAUUAAAUUAAGUGAUGAAGACGCAUUAGCUUUGUCGUACUUAACACCUGGCUUAUCACGAAGGAUUCAAAAGCAUUUACUCUCACAACUAGCGCCAUCUGAAGCUCAAAAAUUGCAACGGACCUUAUCCUCAAAUGGAAAUAAGAAUUAUGAAGACAAUCACAAAUUUGCACGAAGAUCAGUUGAUCGAUUGUCUUCAACGUUACCUCGUCGCUAUUCAGUUGAAAAUAACCUAAGUCAACAAGAAAACGAAUCAAAUGACACCACUUACCGUAAUUAUAAAUCAGGGCUCCCUGUAAAAUUUCGUGAUGAUAAUAGAUCGGCUAGUAUCGRUUAUGAUAACGAUUUUGGUUACAAAAGACCAAAAGCGGUUCGUUCUGUCUCACUCAGAGAACCCAAAAAUUAUGUUUUAUCAAACAAAGAUAAAAGUCCCGAUUCAAGUCUUUCCGAAAGUUUGUCACGAAGUGACGUAACUGAUAGUUACACCUCCUUAUCCCGUCCUUCCUCAUAUUCGAAAUACUCAGAAUUGUCAAAUAAAUAUUUAACACCAAAGACUGAAAUCAAAAAACCGUCCUCAACGCCUCGAAGAAUCUCAAGAUUUUUGCGACCUGAUUUUUUCGAUCCACCGAAAGAAGAAAACGUUUUAGUAAAAGAAAAGAAAGAGCGGGAAAUGGAAACGCAGAAAGUUUUAAAAGAGAUUAGGGACAAAAGAAAGUGUCGACUGAAUGCCAGGAGAGAAAGGUCAGCUUCACGUGAGAAAAGUGCCGAUUUUGGGGACGAGAAAAAAGAUUCAAACAAAUUGGCAACACCUGAAGAUGGUCCGAAAGAGACCGACCACUUGUUGAGCAAAGUUUCGAAUAAUAUUAAAAACCUUGAAAAUAACGUAAAGACGCUUCAUGAUUAUGUUAACGUAACAGUUCCAAAAGAUAAUAAAGAAAUCGGGGGAAACAAAAAAGAAGUUCACGAUUAUGUUAAUGUUAAAGUUACAAAGCCUGAGGAGACCCCCGUUGUGAAAAAAACUCGAAUUUCGAAACUGGUCCGACCGAAAAGUUACCCAACUGAAAGUAUUAUCGAAAAAGAGAAAGAGAAAAAAGUUUCACCGGAAAAGGAAUCCAAAAUUAGUAGAUUACGUAAAGGUUUUACGCGUCAAGGUUCGAAGGAACGCGACAAAACAAAAGAAGACAAAAAUGAGACUAACAAAAGUAUAAAUGAAGAAGAAAAAGGUCACAAGAAUAAGUUACUUCAGUCGAUUGAAAAGAAAUUGGAGAAGUUCCGAUCAUCAUCGAAAGACCCCGAAGAAGCCAGAGCCAUAAAAGAGAAAAAAUCAGGUGUUGAGAGUGCCAUUAAGCGACUUCGGGAGCAAAGUCUCCCCCGGAAUUUAGACCAUUGUACUGAAUCGGGACUCAUCAAGAGGGCCGUUUCGGUCGAAGACGUGUCAAAUUUGAGUUCGAGUAAGCCGUUGCAAGCGUCGCGUAAAAGUGURACAAAAAUUUUGGGCCUGUUUAAAAAAUACGAAGAACAAGAGAAUAAAAAGAACGACAAAAUUGUGAAAAAGAAGAAAGUCAAAGAAUGCCCAAAUCGUGACGAAGCUGUGAUUGAAACUGUCAAUUCUAGUCAAGAGACGAAAAAACCCGAACGUCCUCGAUCACUUUUACUCGACAAAAUGAAACAGUUUCAACCCCCGGAAAACAAAGCUAGUAAAGCGUCGCGUUUGCCAGUCAAUUCAUUUAGACGUAGUUUGAAUUUAGAAGUUGAUGUUCCUAAAAAAAACGAAACGAAACGUAACAGCGAACCUCGCAGUGCAGCUGAAGACAAUCGGGAAAAUCGGAAUUCAGUCGCGACUGAUGACAGUUCGACUCUAUUAUCACCAGACGAUAACGUGAGCGACUCGUGGUCGGUUUGUUCUGACUAUCACACUCAGGAUUUGCACUCGCCUGUCUCACCCAAUGGGAUUUUAUGUUCUGGUGAUGAAAGCGAGUCGGUGAUUGACCGGAUUCGGCGCAAGAGUUUCUACACGAGGUUUAACGAGAAGAAACGAACUCGUAAGCCAAGUCUGACUCGAAAUUACAAAGAUCUUGAUUUGUAUAAAAACCCGGAUUAUGGGUCUCUGGACCGCAGAUCGGCUUAUGACUAUAAAACGCCCUUAACGCGUCGAUCGUCUUAUGUUUCCACGCUUCAAGACCCGGUCAAGAGGGAUUACAAAAAUUAUACCCGAAGUUCGUCGCUUUUGAACGAUUAUGUCAACGUCCCGAGUCGGUACCAGACUUACAACGCGAGGGUAAGUCGACCAACUACGGUUUUUUCCGACGAGGAAACGACUUUGGAUGAGUUGCUAUCAGCUGCAAAAUCACGAAAGUACAGUACCCCAGUUCCAUCCAUAAAUAGAGGCUCUGUUUCUCCCGUUAAUGGACCUACGUCUUCCGUUAAUUCCUCUGCACCUGUUUAAAUUAUUUUUCUCAAACUAUGUGAUCACUAGUAUACAAAGAACAGACUCAAAGAUUCAUGUUAGGAUUAGAAAGUAGUCAUAUCAAUUUUUUUCUGUUAAAUUAAGGUUUUUAACUAACGAAAGUAUUGCAGUCUUAUUUAUUUCCUAGAGAAAUGUAGAUACAUAAAAAUGUAUUAUUUAUAUGUAAAUGUUGUUUGCUUUUUUAUUUAUUGUUAGAAGAUAGUUUCCUUCAAGUUUUUCUAGUAGUUAUUUUGUAACUUAUUUAUUAUUUAACAAAAAUUGGAUUGAAAGCGUUAUAAAACACUAUUGUAGCAAUUGUUCAAGUUUACAUAAUUUUAAUUCAGUUGACUCUGUAAGACAAAAUCAUAAGUUUAAGUUGAGUUCGUGUGAAUUGUUAGAAUUGUAUGUUGAAUUUGGUGAUUUUAUAAAAAAUAUAUUUCAAAAAUAAAUCGUUUCUUUAUCCCAU